UGAGAAACUUCAAAAAUGGGCGAUACAGUGAUCCAAAUAACAAACCUUCCUGAGAAAAUGAAGGAUGAAUUCGUACAAGCAGCCUUCCUUCCUUUCGGCGAUUGCAUAAUUGAAAUCCCACGAGAGAAGUUCAAGCACAAAGGAUAUGCCCUCGUUCAAUACGAAGAUGAGGAUGAUGCAGACCAUGCUGUGUUUAACAUGAAUAAUUCUGAGUUCUUCGGGAAUAUAAUCAGAGUCACACGUACAAAGAAAAAGCUUCGUCCUCAAGGCAACUCGAAAGUAGACUCCUCAAAACCUUUCUGGAAAGACGAGGAAGAAAAAGAAAUGAACUACGAGGAAAAGGAAGAGCCCAAAAAUGUGCUUGAGUUCAAAGAUGAAGGAGUUUAAACCAUUUUCGCUUCAAAUAUCUUGCU